UUUCUUCAGAAUAAAGCUAUUUUCAAAUUUGAUCCAGCAGAUGAAGAAAAAAGGAAGAAACUAUGUGAAGGAAUUUUAAACAUCCUUGAAAACAACACAAAAACUUCAUGUCAAGUUGCCUGCCUGGAAGCUCUACGAAUUCUGUCCAGAGAUAAGAAGGUUUUAGUGCCUGUAACAACAAAGAGCAACAUGAAGAUCCUGUUGAAGCUAGCAAAGCUUGAUACUACAGAAGAUCCCUUGGAGGAGGUUUCCGAAUACCCUGUUAUAGUGGAAGCUUUAAAAUGCCUCUGUAACAUAGUUUUUAAUAGUGCUGUUGCACAGAAGCUCAGUUUGGAACUGAACCUUGCAGCUAAGCUUUGCAAUCUCCUGAAAAAAUGCAAGGACCAGAAGUUUGUUGAUGACAUUAAAUGUUUUGAUCUGCGUCUUCUCUUUCUCUUGUCACUUUUGCACACAGAUAUUAGGUCACAAUUGCGUCAUGAACUGCAAGGGGCGCAGGUUUUGACUCAAGCUUUGGAAAAUUCUCUGAACGUAAUAUGGACAGAUGAGUACAAAGCUGCUGAAGAUCAUGACAGGUCUCCUUUAUCUCUGCAGGAGACAGAUUGUGCCAUUGAGGCACUAAAGGCACUCUUUAACGUAACGCUCGACAGUUGGAAUGUCCACAGCAAGAAUGAAUCUCAUCAAUUUCGUUACAUGGCUGCCAUCCUUCGCCACUGCUUGUUAAUCAUGGGUCCUACUGAAGAUAAAACGGAAGAGUUGCACAGCAAUGCAGUCAACCUUUUGAGCAAUGUUCCAGUUUCUUGCUUGGAUGUUCUUAUUAGUCCAUCUUCUGAAGAAGAAACAAAUUUAAAAUACAAUGGUAUGAAUAUGGAUGCCAUUCAAGUUUUACUGGAUUUCAUGGAGAAGAGAAUAGACAAGGGAACCAGUUACAGGGAGAGUCUCACCCCAGUUCUCAGUUUAUUAACAGAGUGUUGCCGAGUUCACAGGGACAUCAGGAAGUUCCUUAAAGCUCAGGUAUUGCCUCCAUUAAGAGAUGUAACAAAUCGUCCUGAAGUUGGCACUACAGUAAGAAACAAACUUGUGCGCCUUAUGACGCAUGUCGACCUUGGAGUAAAGCAACUAGCAGCAGAAUUUCUUUUUGUCCUUUGUAAAGAGAGAGUUGACAGUCUAUUAAAGUAUACGGGCUAUGGUAAUGCAGCAGGACUGCUGGCAGCAAGAGGCCUUUUAGCUGGAGGAAGAGGGGAUCACUGGUACUCGGAUGAUGAAGAUACAGACACUGAAGAGUACAAAUCUGCAAAGCCAAACAUUAACCUUAUCACAGGUCAUGUAGAAGAGCCAAUGCCGAACCCUAUGGAUGAAAUGACAGAAGAACAAAAAGAAUAUGAAGCUAUGAAACUUGUCAACAUGCUUGAUAAACUUUCCAGAGAUGAGUUUAUAAAACCAAUGGGAGUACGACCUGAUGGCUCAAUGGCUCCUUUGGCAGAGACCGUCAGUCAGUACCAAAUCAAUGAGCCAGAGAGUUCAGAAUCUGACUGAAGCAUCACCUGCAUCCCUACCAAUGUCUCCUUUAAUCCGCAGCUUUUCUUAGACAUGAAACCUUUUACGUAAACACUCUACCCUCACAUAAACCAGUACUCUCACUCUAAUAGUUUUGUUACUGAGAGAUUUAAAUGAUGGAUCCUGUGAUGUAAUCUCUGCAUUUUUAUGACAGCUAUUUAUAUAGGAACAAAUGACCUGUUUAUUAAUUUAAAGCUAACUGUAUUUCAGUGGGAUAUUGAGAGCCUGCAAUGCAAAACAAAAUAAAAAUGUAAACAUA